AUGGCGGAUUUGCCAAGUGACCGAGUGAAUCAGAAUCGAGCAUUUUUGAUCGCCUCAACCGAUUACGCCGGUCCUAUAAAAAUUUCGGAGAAAUAUAAGAGCCGAACGAGCAAGCGUAAGUGUUGGAUUGCAAUUUUUGUUUGCAUGGUAACCAGAGCGGUGCAUAUCGAUGCUGUAACCGAUUUGUCAGCUGCUGCAUUUAUUGCUUGUUAUGAGCGAUUUAUUGCAAGACGUGGUCAUUGCAAUCAAAUGUAUAGCGACAAUGGAACAGCAUUCGUGGCAGCACACAAGGAAUUGGCACGCGCAUUUAAGAUUUGGGAUGUACCGGAUGUGCAUGAGCACCUGAAUAAAAAAGGAACAAAAUGGACUUUCAUGACACCUGCCGCUCCACAUCAAGGUGGAAUUUAUGAGGCGGCAGUAAAGUCCAUGAAAUAUCAUUUACGCCGAAUACUUGGUGCAAAGAGCUAUACGUAUGAAUAUCUUAUUACGUUUUUAGUGCAAAUUGAAGCAGUGCUCAAUUCAAGACCAUUGUAUGCGCUCAACGAUGAUCCGAAUGAUAUGUGUGCACUUACACCAGCGCAUUUUCUCAUCGGUGAGCCGUUGAUUUUGCCGCCACCAAUAUCAGUGCCGACACAAACAAACAAUUCCUUGAAAAGAAUGAGCAACAAAGAGCAUUACAAUGUUUCUGGAAACACUGGAGAAAUGAAUAUUUGA